GUGGCCUCAGAGUCCGAGCACUGUUUAAUAAAGCGUGAACAUGAGAAGUGCAUGGAGAGGAUCGCCCUCCACAACCCCGGUGAAGACAUCGAGUUGGAGUGUCCCUGGCUGUGGGACAACCUGACCUGCUGGCAGGGGGCCAAUGUCGGUGAGGUCGUGGUGGUCAACUGUCCCGAGCUCUUCCAUGAAUUCAUGGGCCCCGAGGACGAAAUGGGGAGGGUCAGUCGGAACUGCACCGAGGACGGCUGGUCCGAACCGUUCCCUCACUACAUGGACGUCUGCCUCUUCUACGACAACACCACCAAACCUGACAUGUACUAUGCGUCAGUCAAGGCCCUUUACACAGUCGGAUACAGCACAUCGCUGGUGUCCCUGACCACAGCCAUGGUUAUCCUCUGCAGAUUCAGGAAGCUCCACUGCACCAGAAACUUCAUCCACAUGAAUCUGUUUGUGUCCUUCAUCCUGAGAGCCAUCUCCGUCUUCAUCAAGGACGGAGUGCUGUACGCUCAGGAAGACAGCGACCACUGCUUCGUCCAGACGGUGGCGUGCAAAGCGGUGAUGGUUUUCUUCCAUUACUGUGUCAUGUCCAACUACUUCUGGCUGUUCAUCGAAGGUCUGUAUCUCUUCACUCUGCUGGUGGAGACCUUCUUCCCCGAGAGACGAUACUUCUACUGGUACACCAUCGUGGGAUGGGGGACUCCCACUAUUUGUGUGACUGUCUGGGCAGUUCUGAGGCUCCACUUUGACAACACUGGAUGCUGGGAUACUAAUGAGAACACUGCCCUCUGGUGGGUGAUCAAGGGACCUGUGGUGGCCUCAAUAAUGAUCAAUUUUGUCCUGUUCGUCGGAAUCAUCAUCAUCCUGGUGCAGAAGCUGCAGUCGCCUGAUAUCGGAGGAAAUGAAUCAAGCAUUUACCUCAGCUGUGCUCAGAAAUGCUUCAGUGAGCCCACACAGGCUGUUCAGCAUUCGUGCAGGAUGUCAGAGUUAUCCACCAUCACGCUGCGUCUGGCGCGCUCCACCCUCCUGCUCAUCCCCCUGUUUGGUAUUCACUACACCGUCUUCGCCUUCUCACCGGAGGACGUCAGCAAGAGGGAGCGGCUGGUGUUCGAACUGGGACUCGGAUCCUUCCAGGGCUUUGUGGUCGCUGUUCUCUACUGUUUCCUCAACGGAGAAGUGCAGUCGGAGAUCAAGAGGAAAUGGCGCAGCUGGACCGUGAACCGGUACUUUGCCGUGGACCUGAAGCAGCAGCGGCACCCCUCGCUGGCCAGCAGUGGGGUGAACGGCGGGACUCAGCUGUCCAUCCUCAGCAAGAGCAGCUCGCAGAUACGCAUGUCCAGCCCGCUGGCGGAGAACGCCAACAUCAGCCUCCCGACCUGAGCGUCUGAUUGGCCCGGAGUCGACUUCAAGGUGCCGUCCCACUAACGUACGUUCCAGAGCGACCAGACCAGACCAAAGUGGCCCCACUCACCUCUUCUAUUUUGUAGUAUUUCUGAAAGCAUUUACUGGAGAGUCAUUGGAGGUGCUUAGCUGGCUUCCACACUUCAAAUUGUAUUUAUUUAAAUAUUUAUAAUCCUGCAGUCAUGUCUGUAGGUUGCAAACCUGAUUAAUGAUGCACUUAAUCUUUUUUACAAAACAAAUUCUUCUCUAUGAAUUAAAACAUUAGGAGAUAUUUAGAGUUCCCUUUCUGCCCAAUUCCCUGUUUUAUUUACAAAUAACACAAACGCAGAGUUUGUGCGAAUAGAAACAAACAAGUUGUGAAACAGAUCAAAAAUUAAACAUCACAUUUUGGGGUCAUAUUUGGCUGUUGGUGUAAAAGAUGUGACUCAAAGUGGUCCCCAGACUGGAUCUGACCUCACAACAGUCCAAAGGGAAAUAUCAACCAAAUGUUCGCCUUGCUUGUACAAAUGCUCCCAGUUUAAAUGUCUCAUCUUGAAUCUGAACAUUUUUCUACAAUCAGCCAUAAGUACAGACUAUGUCAAAAGAUAUAUUUAAAAAAACAAAACAACAACUCAUGGACUUUGUAAAUAGUAACGUUCAGUGUCUCAUCUCUUUCUCUUGGCAUAACACAGUGAUGUAACGACCUUUUAGAAACAAACUAAAGGAGCUGGAGCCCAGAUCUGUAGACUUCAUCCCAUAUCCUAAAUCCUAUUGAACAGUCUAUGUAGGAAUAUAGUGCCAAAACAAAUGAACAGUGUUUCCCAAACCUCGGAGCUGAAUUAAAUUAAGGAAGAACAUAUUUUCUGCUCCAUAAAACUAUUGUGUUUGAUUCUUUUCUUGUAGAAUAUAAACAAGCUGUGAAGCUAAAUUCCUUAUUUGCCUGAUGAGGGACAGUGAAUAGACUCAGACACAAAAAACGGUUGAAACCAUCGCUGUAGAGGAUGUAAAAGUACAAAAAGGGAUUUUAAAUAUGUAUUUAAAAAGGAAAAAUACACUGAAAACCGACCCGUGUCGCUGUCGAGGUCUCGACCUGCACAGGGAGUAGAUUCCUCCAGUGGGGUUUUCUCUUUCGCACACUUAUCAGACGUGUUUUUAAUGCAGACUGUGAAACAUAAAUAGUACAUGUGCCAUUUUCGUGGACGCUUUUCUCCGAAGCUUCUCAUAGUGCCAUGAGUUUUUUUCUGUGCAGUAUGUUAUUGUAGCCGGUGAUAAUCAAACCAAACAUGCUCUUUUUUGCGAUGACAGGACUCCUUCAACCCAUCGUGCCAUAUUUAAAACCGCUCUUCAUUUUUUGACUUCUGAGAUGAACUCCAUCUCCCACACUCAUGUUCCAAAAGUGCCUAGUUAGUCACAAAAAACAACCAUCGCUUUUAUUUUACAGUGCAACCGCUCAUCUGCUGGAGAGAAUGUACAGGGGGGUUGAGGGGGGGGUUAUCGGUGGAUUGUGUUUUGCUCGUUUGUUAGUAAAACGAUUUCAACAGCUUCAUCGUGGAGAAAACACACAGUCAUCACAAAAUGCUUUAACGUGACAGCUCUUGACAAUCGCUGCGUUUUGCUCAUUUUCUCUUUUUCAGUCUCGACAAACAAUACCUGUCCAGGUGGGGCAAACCAUUUGUUAGGAUUAAGGGGGGAAAUCAUUUGUACAGAGGGAAUUUUUCCACCAUAUUUAUUCACGUUAUUUAUUUGGUUGUUUUUUUUUGUACUGUCUUUUGAGUGGAAUUAAAACGAAUGUAUCGACUUUAAACAAUGAACCGGUGAUAUUGUAAGGAUGUAUAUUUAUUUCCCAUCGCCCAGUGCCAUCUGAUGUGCAGAUCUCAAUGUACAGUGCACACGCUUCUCACUGUGUAAUAACUUUUAAAGACUCGUGCAAUUUUCAUUACACAGAUCCAUGUUGACUCUCCCGGGGUCAAAGUGCCACACACGUGUACAUGUUGUGCCAUUCUGACUUUAAAGAAAAAACGACACCACUCACAGUAAAUUGCCGUCCAAAGCUGCGAGGAUGAUUAGGAGAGAUGUAAUGUUAACACAACCUGUAGAAGGCCUCUUCUCCGCUGCUUCUGGACCGAACACUCUGCUGCUGCUUACGUGUUGUAUCACCAGCCGUCACUCUGAGUCCGACUCGGCUCAGAUGGAAACGACCAUGUCUCAAAGCUGUUACUGUCCGAGAAAAAAAAAAUCAAGGAGAAAACUCCAGACUUGACCAUGUCAGUGCUGUAUACUUAUUAACCACAAGGUGGCAGCACAGCGUUGGAGGGUUACUUUGUCCGCUUGAUGCGGAGGGGAAGGUUUUGGCCAGCACUGAUUUUGCUUUUUGAACCUUGGAUUUUGGAAGGGAGCCGCUGUAGAGUGAGGCUUGAAGAUGCGUUUAUGACCCAUUGUUAACAUCCGUCACACGACAUAUUUGUUAAUUUUACAUCGAUGUAAAUUGAACUCUGAAUAAGGUCUAAGAAAAAACCCUUUGAUAAUUUCCUUGGUUUGACCUUUUUGGGGAAUUAUGCUCUUUAAUCUUUUGCUGAGAGUUACAUGAGAAGGUUGAUGCUUGUUAGCUUAGCUCAGCACACGGGCUGGAAACUGGGAGUCCCUAUUUUCCUAUUCCGAUUGUGUCAGAACUUCCCAACUGUUCAAUAUUAAUUACAACAUUUCCUUUGCAUUGGAUCAACAAUAGAGAGUAUGAUGGAUGAAAUGAUAGAUGUCCGAGAUAGAAGCCCGAGGGAAUUUCCCACUCAACUUACCGUAAAUACACCACACAGGAAAAACCCAUUUUAAUGUUCCUGCCAAUGUUCAGCCACAAAAACAGUAAGAAAUAAUAUUUAAGACUCUUGAAAACCAUCUAAAUUAGUAGAUUUUGAUUUCCCCUUUGUGAUUUUAAUCUUCUCAUGUAAAUCUCAGCAAAAAAACGAAUGAGCCCGUUUCCCAAACAUUUGAUUCAAAUGUAAUAAAUCUCACUGGGGCAUCAUCUCCGUGUUACUUUGUGCCCAUUGAGCCACUUUUAUUCAGUGCUGAGUUCGAGUGCAAGUAGUUUUGACUGCAAAUGAAUUUUUGAAUGUACCGUCGUUGCUCUGCUGCUCUUAAAUGUCGCCUGCUAUGAAUUUGCCAUAGUGUACAAAUGAUGUCUUUUCUUGAUCAUAUCUACGAUACACUGUAUAUGUAUAUUUUUGGCACACAGGUGAACCUCUUGAUGACCUGUAAUGUUUGUGACCGUGUUUUUGUAGAUGUUUAUGUACCAGUUUUCAGAGCCUGUGUGUGUGUAUGACUGUGUGUAUGACUGUGUGUGUGUGUGUGUGUGUGCGGGUGUGCGUCUGAGUAUGUUUAAAAGUUGGAUUGUAUUCUGUAUGCAUGUCUACGUAAUGGCAAGUAUUCACAAGGAUAUAAGUAGGCUAACUUAAAUGUGAACGAAAAUAUAAAAUUUCAUCCAACUUUUGUUGUGUGUAAACAUGUGUUUAGGUGUCAGACAUUCAUGUCCCAGUUUGUGUAUAUUUGACUGCAAAAUAAAUGUCUGUGGUUAGUUGUACCUU